GUUCAGCUGAUUACCAAGCCUGACGAAAGACGCCAGGACGCACCCCUGUGACUGUAUCUGCUCCAUUUCUAGAGCUCUCCAGCUCAUUUACCCCUGCAGAGGUUCAUCGCGGUGCAGUGCUUUGCACAGGUCUGAGUCCAGCAUGACCGAGGAGAAGCUCCAGCUCCAUGACACGGAGAGCAACUUGGACGCAGACACCAAGAGGCGAGAUAGCGGCCGCCCCACAGGCACCUACGAUCGGCUGAUCCAGCCAUGUGUGGCCGAGCUGGUGGGCACAGCUUUCUUCGUGUUCGUCGGCUGCGUCUCGGUCAUCGAGAACGUAGAGGCGGCAGGGAGGCUGCAGCCAGCCCUGGCACACGGCCUGGCGGUGGCCGUCCUGGUGGCCUGCUUGGCAGAGGUCAGUGGAGCCCAUUUUAAUCCACCAUUCACUCUGGCGGUGUACCUCUGUGGUGGCAUCCCGAUGAAAAUGGUGGUGCCAUACAUUGUGUGCCAGCUGAUCGGGGGAGUGCUGGGGGCAACCAUGUCAAAGGUGAUGACAUCAGCAGAACACUAUGCCACUGCUGAGGGUGCAGCGUUUGCUGUGGUCCAAUCAGACAUGCAGGUAAUGGGAGCCGUAUUUGGAGAGGUGGCCAUGACGUGUCUGGUCACUACCGUGGUGCUGAUGAGUGCGGUCAACUCUAAGAGCAAGAACCCCAUGGCACCCUUCCUGAUUGGCUGUACUGUCAUCGUCAACAUCUUGGCGGGGGCUGAUGUGUCCGGCACCUGCUUGAAUCCCGCCAGGGCUUUGGGCCCAGCAGUGUUGACGGGGCACUGGACGUACCACUGGGUGUAUUGGGUGGGUCCUCUCUCAGGGGGUCUGGUGGCUGUGGUGUUGGUGAGGCUUUUGCUUGGGGAUCAGAAACUACGCGUCAUCUUCAAGUAAACUUUUAGUCCUUUACUACUCUCCAGCCCAGUAAAACAAUGUUUUUUGUGGUUUUCCGCUCACUUUUGUGUUAUUCCUGUACUGUAUAUGAGUUAAUCUGAUAAUCAGACCUCCUGCACCAAGGAUAUUAUCUUAGAACACAGAAUAAUUCAAAGUGAAUGAUGAUGAGUGUCCCUCUCUUCUCGCUUCGUGUUCCUCUCCACUUUUAAAAUGACAUUUUGCAGCUGCUAUUGACGAAGAGGUUCCCAGCUCCAAGACCUCCCAUGAUCUUUGAUAGAAAGCUCAUCACAGCUAACACACGGCAGUGUAGUACUGUAGAACACUUUAAACAGGCGCUGGCCAAAUAUAGGUAUCAAAAGGCGUGUUGAAUGUCGUAUUCAUUGUUAUUGUAUGUUAUUCUGACAAUAAAACUCCAAUAAAAGUUUUCAUCACUA